AUGGCAAGACAGAGUCUGGACGGCCGGCGGUGGGCUCAGACGCUGCGAAUGACAAAGCAAAACAGCCUGCCUACGUGUGCCACUCAGGACCUGGUCUCCACGGUAAGAAGUACGCUUUCAUGGGGUGCGUGAGGAACCAUUGCAGCCUGUCAUUCCAAAAAUAAAGGCUUGUUUAUCCCGUCAGUUGGUAACCUCUCAAGCCAAAACGCUGAGCGCGCUGCAUUUGCCUUGGCGAGGAAUUCCCUGGCAUGCCGCAAUGGCUUCCUCAUUAGCUGGCUCAAUACCACCUCCAUCGAACCACUGAAACCAGCACGACCAGUCAAGACGCCGAAAUUAUAGAUAUAGAUAUAUAGGCUGAUAUUGCCUAUCCAUACAAUAACAGACGGCAAACGAGGAAGAUUCCGAAUUGUUGGGCUCAGGUUCAGAUCAGCAAAAACGAGAAUUAGUAGGUCAGUUAUUUUCGGAGGUAAGGGAGGUAGAAGGCCGGAGUUAUGCAGCCUGGAUGGCUUGGUAGGACGAAAGAAAGGUCAGAGUCAUGGGCGCGGCAUCAUGCUGGGUGAAGGACGAAAGCUUGGUCCCAGAGGAUGAAAACGUUUGGUAAAAUGUGGCGGAAAAGAUGAAAGCGGACGAAGGGCACGGAAGCCAAGACUAGACAUGAAAACACGGAACAGACCGUGCAGCUACUAAAAAUUUGAUAUAACGGACAAUUAAUCAAACACCCAGCGCUUAGCAACCUAAACAAAAACAUCACAAAUAAGCAAAAGUGUUUUUAUGCAUGAAAUGCGCUGGAAUGUCGAUGCGAAACGAUUUUAGUUCAAAGUCCUGCCUUUGACAGUGUGCAUUACUUCUAACAUUUAGGAGCGUCAAUCGGUUGAUAAAAUUGCCUCAGACCCCCUCACAUUCUUCAUUUUUGGAUCCACUUACACAAGAGAUCGGAAUUUGUAGUUUCAAUUCAGAACAUGACUCAUUCCGGAGAUUUGGCAUAAGGAGUAAAUAUAGUUAAUUGUCAAAAAUAUUCAGUGUUGCAGCUGCACAUUCGCGUCUUUUAAAAACUUUCAGAAAAUCAAACUUUUUUCGUGGGGUAUGCAGGCCAAAAAGUGGCGGUUACACAAGACAGCGUAAUGAGCGACCACCGAAUUUCCACUUGCAGCUCUACCUCGGCUGUCAUAGUCGGGCCCGCAAACCUACAGUUGGUGACCUAGCUCAUUAAAAGUGUCGAAAUUUAAGAAUCAUUGCCAAUCACUCGCAAACCGACACCAGUUCAUGAGUCCAAUGUCUAUGUUAAUUAAGUAUAAGUUUGAAAGAAUUGAAAACAUAAAAGAAAUAUUAAAGGCGGUGUUGAGUUGUUUAGAAAUGCCGAUUUAUUUUGAAAAGCGCAAUAUUCUGAAAACGUCAGGAAUGGCUCUAAUUUAGUAAACUUCGUUUUAAAUGUAUAGAAUGUAUUCUCAUACCAAAAACGUAGUAAAUAUGAAAGUAGAAAUAAAAUAACGUCUAAUAAUAGUGAUUUAGUGAGGUUUACAUCUAACUACCGUUUAAUAAUUAGUGUGAUUUCAUAUAUGACGGUUCGUUAACCGCCUACAUUCUGAGUGUAGAAUCCAAAACAGUGUUCGAGGAUUUCGUGUUAUCCUUGGCUUUUGCGAGCUAAACGAAGUGGGGUUCAACAAGAGAAACUGGAUUUUGCUUGAUUUCACCGAUAGGGACGUCAUAGGAACAAAAGUUUUCAUAAAGCUAAAUGCUAUGAGGCCGGCCGGUGCCUAAUAAAUCGAAAUACAACCGACAGGCGUGAUCGUAAACAUACCAUUUUCUGUUUAUAGAGAGAAUUUUUCCUCCGUUAAAUUAAUUCAUACUUUUCCUUCGUUUUAGAUUACGUUGAGUUUCAGAUCGGUCUUGAAAUUUUGCUGAAUACUUCAUGAUUUUCAGUGUUUUCGCCUGAUCGUCCAUAAAGACAGACUCUGAAUUACCUGUCUGUUAAAAACUCUAAAUUAAGAUUUUUCUUGAAGGCAUUUACCGAAUUAGUGAGUGUUCGGGCGCUCGUUUUUGUGAAAAUGGUCGUUUGGCUCACAUGCAAAGACUCAAUCGAAAAUCAAACUUCAUUUUGGAAAAAAAAGACUGUCCAUAACAAAAGUCACCAACGAGUAUCCCUUUGAUCAAACUUUCCUUAAUAAGUUACCUCUUUGAGGUGCUUUAUUACUGCGCUCUGUUGACGGAUCUCUGUGUACUUUGCAUUUUUGCGCGGUGAGGCCAAGUAAAAAUUUGACACUUUUGGCCGUUUCUUUCGCGUUCCUAAGCAAUACUAAUAUUUCUUCUACCGUAAACGUAAGAGCACGCCUUUCCCUAUACGUUGAGGCCAUUUCCACUAUUUUUGCUCGCUUUUAGGCUUCGUUCUUCAAUUAUGAAUUCACGGCAGAACACCCAUGUAAAUACUGGUAUUUUGCUGAAACUAUUAAUGUUUUGUUCGUUCUAUUUCUGAAUAAGGUAUGCACAGAAACUAAACUACACGAAAAUUAGUGUUCCAUAUGCCAGGUAAAUGAGUUUAUCCGGAAAGAUUGACAAGGUACACCCAGACAUUAAGCCUUUCAGGAACCUGAAGGAACGGUUUACAUCACCUAAGAAUGUAUGAUAUUUGAUGGUAGAGUAGUGAUUCCAGCCAAACCUCAACAACAGGUUUCACGUGAGCCCCAUGGCGGACACCAAGGAGAGCCCGAAUGAAAAAACUGGCCUGAAGGUAAGUACAUAUAUUGGCCAGGAAUUUAUGACGAUGUGGACUCUUCCGUUGGACGUUUCGGCACUGAGGCUAAGAACUCAAUAAAAGUAACGCUUAUGCCAUGGCCGGAGGUCAGGAGACCGUGGAAAAGAUUCCAUGUUGACUUUGCUGGACCAUUCUUUAACCGAAUGUUUCUCUUAGUUAUCGACGCAAAAUCAAAGUGGCUGGAAGGUUUCGACGUCGCGACAGCUACCGCCGAAAAGACGGAAGAACUUAUUUCAAGGUAUGGCACCCCCACAGAGACUGUGGCGGACAAUGCCACCUAGUUUGCAUCAUCGCUGUUCCAACAAUUGUGUCGGAAACGGAAAAUCCGACAUGUGACGUCACUGCCAUUUCACCCCCACUCAAAGGGGCACUACGGUAUCUACAACCUGAGGUCCGAGUUUCCAAUCCUUUAAAAGGCCUAUUUCGGGAAGGAGAAAAUGUGGUUGCCCGAAAUUACAAACCCAACGAGAAACUGUGGGGAGAGGGCACUGCCAGAAAGUGGAGAGGCGUUGUCUUUCAAGUGGAGCUAGCAACGAGGAAAAUUACACGGCAGGCAAACCGGCCGAGACCCAGGCUCAUCACGAAUGGCCAAAUAGCGCUAGAUUUGCUAUGUGACACCUUUGACGCUUCGACCCCCAAGGGAGAGCUAAAGCCUACACCAUCUCUUAUUCGCAAGAGCCAUUGGAAAACACAGCCGCCGAAAAGUCUCAUCAUGGAACCGAGGCAGAGGUAAUGUGAGGUACACCUCUCAAAAAGAGGAGGUGAUGCGCAGACGGGAGCCACAAUGGAAUCGCAGUCUAUAGCGAAAAGGACGCGCUUUGCGGCAGGCCAAGCCGGCUGGGAAAUACACGCGUGAAACCAGCCGGCCAAUCAGUAUGCACUGCUGUAUCGAAUACGCGUGAGGCUCUUGAUUACCCGUGGGGACCAAAUAUUGGGGAAGAUUUCGCGAGGGGCUUCCAGUGUGAGAAAUCGCCAAUCAACAUGAGACACGCCAUAGGCCAGAACAUUUUAGAAUGCCCACCGUGAUUGGCGCGCCAUUGGGCGGAAGGCUCGAGAACAGCCUGAACUCAAAUAAAUAGGUGAAGGUUGACGAGCUAAGGGAUCCGCUGUUUUCCGCCAACCUAGAACAGAGUGUUUUUUAGAACCCGCCUUCCUUCUCUUCCAUCACACCCGUCGGGAUAUAAUACAAUGACAGGCAUUCAAUAAUCCAGGAGUACUGCCAGAGUAAACAAAACAGCCUGUGACGAACUGUAGUGGAUAUUUGCCGUGUCAGCUAUCCAUACUUCAGUUUAAGAUCAGAAAGUUCCUGAGUCUCAACAGGGGCUUGAUUGGCCGUUGAAAUAGGCAGUCAACUACAUGAUCUACAGGCCCACUUACCGUUGACUGCAUUCGCGAAUAGUCGGAUUCACAAGAGAGUGACUUUCGCCGUUUGUUCUGUCUUGGAGUUACCACCUGAAGCUCCCAUGGCUGGAAGUAUGCUGGCAAACACUUAGUAAUUGAUAUUCAUUGUCGACAAAGACCAUAAUUUUUCAAUCGACACGUGCAAGUGUCACGUUGGAUACCAGACGGAAGAAAGUAUUGGCGUUCUAUCCCGUCUAUUAGUCUCUGUUUGCUGUUUGUCAGAACGUGCUGACAGCACAGUUAUUUUGGCGGAAUAAAGCACCGACAGACGGUCCCGGAAACACUUUAGGUCUCGAGCACAAGCCCGUCCUUCUCACUAUCAUUUCCGCUAUUAGUCCGCGUGAGGUCUCCCAUCGGGCUAUUUAAUUCUCUCUGGCUGCUCCCGAUCUGAGAUACGAGAGAGGCACAACGCAACAGCGCAGGGAUUCGCCGAGCCUGAUAUCCCGGGGAAACAAACAGUCUGAAAACGGAUGUAGACGUUUCCAGCGCAGAAAGGUGCACCGCUACACAAAAAUCCAUCUGCACCUUCCCGGUCUUCGGCUCUCGGUUGGGCAUCCUUCGCUCUCACAUGUUUGGUCCCGUGCACUUCUAUAACAGCCGACAUCAUCUGCGGAUUUUCAUCGAUCUACUCACUUCUUAGUCUGGAAUGAUCCCCUGUGCGGUCCAUCAUUCGGAGUCCAUACCCUUAACACCGCUCAGUAAUCUCGUAGACGGCUCACGGAUACGGCCGGAGCGCAUCACUCGGUCGUCAAAGCCAUGGUUAAGCGGCCUUAUUCGCAACUCAGAACGGUUCUCGAGAACCUCCCACGGUGACUUUUAUGAAAAUUCACACGAACCUCUUUCAUUUUCCGAGCCGUAGGUCAAACAAAACUUGACUACCUAUACACCUGACUUCUCCCGCUAGGGGCGAGAGCAGGAGACAUAAUGACUACCCUUUCUUAGUCCUCUCAUAGGUGAUGAGAGUUUGUGUUUAAUGCAUACAGCCAGUGAUCGAUCUCAUGAGACGUUAGCCGAAAUUCUGAAAUGCGUCUUCCAUUAAGAAGAAUUACUUAAGUAAGGUUAUAACAUUGUUUAUUGUGAGAUGAUAUUCCAGAUUCGUUGGAAUGUUGGCUUUCGAAUAUGCUCCUUUUCGACCGCUCGUAAAAGCCCACUUAGCAACGAACGGCUACUUAUUGUGCUUGCAUACGUUUCAUUGAUUGUCGAUGCGCAUACAAUUUCAGGUCUAUCUUGUAGAAAACAUAUGCAAAAAUAGGAUUCCCUGAGCUCAUUUUGUAAAAGAGUACGUCUCCUUCAAAGUUUCUACCAGAAGAAGAGGUAGAUAUUGAUUUUUAAAAGGGUUUUUAAUGAAUGGAAGAGAAUAUGCGCAUCCCAGGUUCUUGUUAAGGGUUUUUAAUUGUGGGAUUUUUAAGUUUCUGAAAUGCUCAUUCGUGCAGCAUCGUGUCCAUCCGUUUACUAAUGCUCCUCCUGAAGUAUACCCUAUAGUCAACAUACAUCGCAAAAUUUUAUAAGCUCAAUGUGACACCUUCCUGUGGCCAUACAGAAAGGCAUUAUUUUCAGCGUGUAAACUGAAGAUGCGGAACGCGGACGCAACAGCGGAUCGGGCUCAAAAUUAUUCGACAAUUGAAAUCUUCUUCAGAACCGAAGGAUAUAUUUUCUUCAAACAUGAAAUUUGUGGAAAAUGUGAUUUCCAACCAAAUGAAUACAUGGAGGAAUGUUUUUGUGCAUGUUUUCUAUAAAAAAAUGCCUGGACUUGUAGGAGCAUCGAAAAUCAAUAGAAAGUGUACAGACUACUUCGGUUGUCAUUUUUUACCGAGUCCUGUAAAAAAUGCAUUCAAAAAGUAGCAUCCCGGAGAGCCAUGGGUAAGCGGCCUUAUUCGCAACUCGGAACGGUUCUCGAGAACCUCUCGCGGUGAAUUUUAUGACACUUCACGCAAAUCUCUUUCAUUUUCCGAACCUUGGGUCUAAAAAUACAUGAUUACCUAUACGUCUGACUUCCAUUGCUGAGGCCGUGAGGAGAGACUAUAUAACGACGCCUUCUCAGUCCCCUCAGAGGUGGUGGUAGUUGGUGUUUAAUGCGCACAGCCAGUGUCUGAUCUCAUGAAAUGUCAGCCAGAAAUCUGAAAUGCGUUUUCCACCGAGAAGAAUUACUUAAGUAAGGUUAUAACAUUGAUUGUCGUGCGAGGUUAUUCCAGGUUCAUUGAGACGUUGGCUCCUUUUCGACUGCCUGUAAAAGACCAACAAAUGGCUACUUAUGUAGAGUGCAUAUUUUCUAUUGAUUGCUGAUGCUCUUACAAUUUCAGCUCUGUCUUGUAAAAAAACUUAUGCAACAAUCAGCUUCCUUGAGCUCAUUUUGUAGAUAAUCAAGUCUUCGCCGAGGUUUCUACUAUAAGAAGAAGAGGUAAAUAUUGGUUUCUAAAUGGUUUUUAAUUGUGGGAUUUUUAAGAUUUUGAAAUGUUCCUUUCUACAGCAUCGUAUCCUUCCGUUUGUUAG